UUAAAAGAGUAUUGGUCAAAACCCACAUAAAAUCCUCCUUUCUCCUUCCUCCUUCCAUAUUAAACUUAAAAAGAACACCAUGCAAUUCCUCCAUUAAAUAACCUCCUCUCUUCUUCUUCUCUUCUUCUUCCUCCUUUCAUGGCUUCCUCACACAGACUCCCACUCUUCCUUCUCCCACCAUUACUCCUCCUCCUCUUCCUUUUCCCGCCAAAUUAUCACAACCCUUUUCCUCUAAUUAUAACCCAAAACAUCCCCUUCUUCCACCCACCGCCGCCGCCGCAGCCGCCGCCGCCGCCCUCCGCCGACAAGAGGAUCGAGGAGGAUUUGGCGAGAGCUCGAGUGGCGAUCCAAGAAGCCAUUGUACGGCGAAACUACACGUCGGAAAAGGUGGAAAGCUUCAUACCCAGAGGAAGGGUUUACAGAAACGCAUACGCUUUCCAUCAGAGUCAUAUUGAGAUGGUGAAGAGGUUCAAAGUAUGGACCUACAAGGAAGGAGAGCAGCCAUUGGUUCACGAUGGGCCGAUGAAAAACAUAUACUCAAUCGAGGGUCAUUUCAUCGACGAGAUGGACAGCGGAAAAAGCCCAUUUUCGGCCCAAAAUCCAGAUGAGGCCCAUGUCUUCUUCUUGCCCGUAAGCAUCGCUUACAUCAUCGAAUACAUCUACACGCCCAUUACCACUUACGCACGUGACCGCCUCAUUCGCAUUUUCAAGGAUUAUGCGACCGUCGUAGCCAAUCGGUACCCUUACUGGAACCGAACUCGAGGCGCCGAUCAUUUCAUGGCCUCCUGCCACGAUUGGGCGCCUGACAUCACACAAGCGGAUCCUGACCUCUUCAAAUACCUCAUCAGAGUUCUCUGCAAUGCGAACACAUCCGAAGGCUUCAAUCCUGUGCGAGAUGCAUCUUUGCCGGAGAUUAACUUACCUGCAAAUUUCCAACUCAAUCUUUCUCGAUCUGGCCAACCGCCAGAGAAUCGCUCGAUUCUGGCGUUUUUCGCCGGCGGAGCGCAUGGAUUCAUCCGCAAGAUGCUAUUCGAGCAUUGGAAGGAUAAAGACGACGAAAUCCAGGUCCACGAGUACCUUCAUAAAGGCCAGAACUACGGCGAAUUUAUUAGCCGGAGCAGAUUCUGUCUGUGCCCUAGCGGAUAUGAAGUUGCAAGCCCUAGGUUAGUGGAAGCGAUCCAAGGUGGUUGCGUACCGGUUAUAAUCUCUGAUUAUUACUCGUUGCCGUUCGACGAUGUGCUCGAUUGGAGCAAAUUCUCUCUGCGGAUUCCGUCGAAGAGAAUUCCGGAGAUCAAGAAGAUCUUGAAAGGCAUUUCGCCGGCGAAGUACUUGAAAUUGCAGCAAGGUGUGAUGAAAGUGCAGAGACAUUUUGAGGUCCAUCGGCCGGCGAAGCCGUUUGAUGUGUUUCAUAUGGUUCUUCACUCAGUUUGGCUUAGACGACUCAAUAUUAGGCCUUCGCAUUGAAAAAUUAAUUUGUUUGAAUAUUAAAAAUUUUAAUAUUUUUGUUUUGAU